GCAAUGUGAGUAUGGUGGCGGGAGGGGGGAGGGGCUUUCGUGCUCUUCCCAGGGUCGAAACGGCUGCUGGAAGACAAAGAGAAUGCCAAUCAGAGCAUUCUGGACAACUGAGAAUAACAAGCAGCAUUGGAAAGGAAAGCAAAUGAAGCCAACAAUCAAAAUAAUUUCUAUUUGCUCCAGAAAACCAGAGACUUUCUUCACUAGUUUCCAAAUUCAAAAAACAUGGGACAUCAGUGGGAAGGAAAAAAAAUCACUUGGAUAGCCAUGUAGGGCAGAGAGCACUGCAGGCCUCACCUGUGUGGAAGGAAACAAUAACUUGAGUCAAAACUCCAUCCAUCGAGAGAUCCAAAGAAUUUUUAACUUCUUGAGAACAAUGUCAAUGGUGGAAAAAUACCAUAGAUAGGGAAAGCAUGGAUAGUAAAUCACAGUUGAUAAUAUACCAUGUAUGAGUGUCCAGUUUGUGGGAAAACUUUUAGCCAGAAUUCCAGCCUGAUGAUACACCAGUGGACACAUACAGGAGACAAACCAUAUGAAUGUCCAGAAUGUGGGAAAGGUUUCCGUCAGAAUUCCCACCUGGUGAUACACCAGAAGAUUCACACAGGUGAGAAACCAUACGAGUGUCCAGAUUGUUCGAAAUGUUUCAUUCGGAAUUGCGACCUGGUGAUACACGAGAGGACACACACAGGAGAGAAACCAUAUGAGUGUUUGGAUUGUGGAAAAUGUUUCAGUCAGAAUUUUGACCUAGUAAUACAUCAGAGGAAUCACACAGGAGAGAAACCAUAUGAGUGCCCAGUUUGUGGGAAAAAUUUCAAUUGGAAUUCACACUUGGUGGUACAUCAGCGGACUCACACAGGAGUGAAACCAUAUGUUUGUCCAGAUUGUGGGAAAAGUUUCAAUUGGAAUUCGCAUUUGGUGGUACACCAGCGGACUCACACAGGAGAGAAACCGUAUGAGUGUCCAGAUUGUGAAAAAAGUUUCAUUCGGAAUUCCGACCUGGUGAGACACCAUGCAACACACACAGGAGAGAAACCAUAUGAGUGCCUGAUUUGUGGGAAAAGUUUCAGUCGGAAUUCUUACCUGCUAAUACACCAGAAGAUUCACACAGGAGAGAAACCGUAUAAGUGUCUGGAGUGUGGGAAAGGUUUCAGUCAAAAUUCCUCCUUGCUGAUACAUCAGAGAACUCACUCAGGAGAGAAACCUUAUGAGUGUCUAGACUGUGGAAAAUGUUUUAGUCAGAAUUCCAGCCUGGUGAGACAUCAGAGGAGUCACACAGCAGACAAAGUAUAUGAAUGCCCAGAUUGUGGAGAAGGUUUCUGUCUGAAUUCCCACCUGGUGAUACACCAGAAGAUUCACACAGGGAAAAAACUCUAUGAGUGUCCAGAUUGUUGGAAAUGUUUCCUUCGGAAUUCUGAGCUGGUGAUACAUCAGAGGACUCACACAGGAGAGAAACCAUAUGAGUGUCCAGACUGUGGGAAAGAUUUCAGUACUAGGUCUAACCUUAUAAAUCAUGUGCGUAUACACACAGGGGAGAAACCAUUUAAGUGCCCUGACUGUGGACAGUGCUUCCGGAAACAUUCCACCCUUAUUGCACACAAGAAAAUCCACAUGAGGCCAAAAGUGAUGAAUGUAGAGAAGGCUUGAAUUGUUCUGCCCCCCUCAACCACCUCCCAGAAGACACAUGAGUUGACUGUAUUUGCCAGCAAUUUAUUCUUGCUACAGAUAUCAGCUCUGACAACGAACCUGCGAUUGCCUACCAAGUCCUCCUUAUCUUUUCAGUGCUACUGCGGUCUGUUGCUGGAGCAACCCAGAGUUCAGAAGAAAAGCUAAUUCCUGAGUCUCGCAAUAAAGCAGCCGAAGUUUCCAAAAGUCAGUUUUUGUCCGUCACGGAGCCCAAAGGCAGCUCCACCCACUUUUAUACCCUGUGGGGUGUGGCUCCGUGACUCAGCACUCCCUGGGCUGGCCCCUUCCUUUCUUUUCCUGUGCACGCCUUGCAUCUAGCCACAGUUGAUCCUCCUCAGCUGGCUCUUGGGGCAUUGCCAGGGGGAAGGAGGGGUCAGGGAAAAGAGGCCGUGUCAGCUUCUCCUUCUCCACCUGGCCUGCCUCUGGAAUCUGGAGCAGAGCCAGAGAGGAAGGUUCUGCAGAGGGAAGCCCUGUCGGUUCUUCCCCCUCACUCUCCGAGUCACUCUGCCAGGAAGCCCAGCUCGGGGCCCGCAGACACAACAUGAAUUUCCUUUCUAUGUCCAGCUGAGAAAUUGACUAUUUACUUUCUGGCCUGAUUCUUUUUAGUUAAAUAUGUCAUAGUAUUAUACGUGAAGGAGGGGAGAAAUUUGAUAAUGGCUACCUGGCCGUUAGGAGCAGAAGUUGCUGGAUAUUUAUUUUUGCAGAAAUUGUACAAUUCUGCAAAAAAAAAAAAUUAGGGGCGUUCUUUUCAUUCUUAUCAUGAUAGAUUACAUGAAUGUCACUUGCAGAGUCCCAGGGUUCUUCUACCUGAGUGUCCUUGAGGUUUUGAGCCACAGAAUUUUCCAACCAGCAUUUCUUCAGGGUAGGAACACUGAAACACAGAUUAUAGUUAGAGAUUGUGGCUCCUCAUUUAAUGAGAAAGCCAGAGAAGAAGCAGAGCAGUUUCAAAGUUCACCUUUUUCUAACUCUUCCAGGAAUUCAUUGUACCAAGCAUGUCUGAUCAAAUUAUGGCAAGAAUGAGGUACCUAAGUCGAACCACAUGAAUAUUAAAUAUCUUGGGGGAAUUUGGGGCAGUGACAAAACCAGUGUAAAAUUUCGGAUAUAAAGGCUGUUCUGCCCUGCAGGUGACUUUAAUGGAGAAGAGCUGUAGGAAUAUUGAGUUGAGGAGAAAAGGGAUUGUGGUUUUCAGCGUAAGAACUCCGGGUUUAUUUGCAACUCCUGCUGUGAUCUUUGCUUGCAAGUGCCUCCAUGUUAGUCUUUGGUGGCUGGUGGGUGAGAGCAGAACCAAGGGGCUGAUACUUUUGUGGUUGCCCCCCCCCCCCCCCCGCUUGGGGAAAUGUGAGAAAAAAAUUGUACAGUAGAUGUUUCAUUGCUAAAAGAGAAUUGCGUAAGAAUCAUGAAUAGCUUUUGAGAAAGACAAAUAAAGGCAGGUGUCAGCAUUUUUGUAACCAUUGGGACAAGCAUGUUCCCUGAAAAAAAGAAUUUCCUGUUCUUUCACUUUUCUCCCAGGGCCCCUUAAUUUUUUUCAAAAAUUCAUUCAAAUAAAGAGAGGAACUUUUUUUUUUUUGUAGUGGCAAAAGUGACAUUUUAACAAUGCAGAUGAAUGAUCAUGAUUUUGCUGGGAUUGGAAGACACUAAAGAAUUCCACAUUUGUUCAUUUCUGUAACACAGUUCAAAAAGAGGUUACAAUUUUUUUAGUGGGUCACAUUGCAUGUGAUGAUCCCUUUGCAGAAGGACCAGGAGCAGAUCAGGACUGGCGUCUGGAGGAACCAAGAGGCUCUCUUGGCCUGAGUCUCAACCUUCAAAUGACUUUGAAUUUAAUGUGCAAAAUUUCUAAACUUUCAAAAUAGUAAAAUUAUAUUUAAUCAAU